CGCGCUAUAUCCAGUGAGUUUGACAGGAACGAGGUUACGCGAACAGGGUCACUGUGGGGAAUAUAACAAAUUUAGAAACAAGUUUCGCAAAGCAUGGAUCUGUUGUUGUGAAUUAUGUUUUAUUAACUUCUGACAACAUAAUCCCCAAAAUGACAGAAUUGAAACUUGAGCAUUAUAAAGUUGAGAAGGUUCCAGCUACAGCAUACUACAUCCCAGAUUUUAUUAGCAAAGAUGAAGAAACAUACCUUACAGAACAGGUGUAUGCUGCACCCAAACCAAAAUGGAAACAACUAUCGAAUAGAAGGUUGCAAAACUGGGGAGGGCUACCGCACCCUAAAGGCAUGAUAGCAGAGAAGCUUCCUAAGUGGCUUGAAGUGUACAGUCAAAAAAUUGCUGAGCUCAGAAUAUUCGGAGAUCUGGUUCCCAAUCACGUCUUAGUGAAUGAGUAUCAACCAGGCCAAGGCAUUAUGCCUCAUGAGGACGGCCCGCUCUUCCAUCCAGUAGUCACAACGAUCAGUCUGGGUUCCCACACAUUCCUCGAUUUCUACCAACACCGCAGAGACGCAAGCGAGGCCGGAGACGCUAUCACUCAAUCAGCACAGGACCAUGAUAUGCCAUCCGAGGCUUCAGUCCAGCAACCUGUCUUCUCACUCCUCCUUCAACCCCGCAGUCUCCUGAUCCUCAAGGAUGACAUGUACACGUCUUGCCUCCAUGGCAUUGCAGAGAGAACGGACGACGUCGUCACGGAAAAAGUCGCCAAUCUCGACCGGACUGGCCGGGCGCUCGGUGACGGGUUGGAGCGGUCGUGCCGCAUUUCACUCACCAUCAGAUACGUGCCCAAGACACUGAAGAUGAAACUGUUUGGGAAGAGUUGAUAUUGGGAUUGGGCAAUUUGAAAAUAAAAUAGGGAAUCGGUCGGUUCGCUACAGGAGAACAGUGUGAACUCCCAACGGAUGAUUGUAAUAGGGUGUUCAGAUGUGGAUCCAGGUUUUUUUAUCCACGAUUUUGUUGAUGGAGUGUAUCCGAGUUGUUGAAAUCAACACAUGCUGAGCCUCCAAAUAAACUGAGAGUUAAUUUUUUUAUAUUGGUUUUGACCUUGACCGACAUAUUCUUUUAGAAACACUGUUUUUAGCCACCUUAAACCUCUGAAACCUCUUAAACCCCUGAAAUCAGCAAAAUAUAAGUUUAUAUUACUGUACACCUGAAUGUACUUUGUAAAUGUAUCUGAAAUUGCUAUAUAUGUUCAUUUGACAAUUGACAUUUAAAUUUGAUUGCUACAUCGACUUUA